UGAAGUGGAUUUGAAAAAUUCUGUAUAUUAUAAUGGCGCAAGCACUUUUACGCUUAUGUUGUUAUAUAAUUAGGGACGAUUUUGGUCCAAUUAUUGAGGAAGUGGCCAAAGUGUUAUUACAAAAAGGUCGACUUCCAUUAACUCGUGAAUGUCUCUUUGUGCUAAUUCAACAUAAUUUAGUAUAUUGGUCAGAAACUAGAGAAGGUUCACGUAAUUCAAUUCAUUAUUCUAUUGAUCAAAAUGAAGUUUUAGCAAGAGUUAAUUUUGGAAUUUAUAUAAAAUACGCAAAUGAAUGGGUUAGACAUAGGGGAGCUGAUGAGAUUACUUAUUAUAUGCUGUUAAAUGGUAAGGGAACGUUCAAUGGAUUCAUCGAAGAUCGAAAUAUAUCAAAGAGAACGAACAAAUACAAAGAGUUAAAGAUGACGUUUAAAAAAAUUGUGGAAAGUCGUUAUCUUACACCAGUAAGAAUAACAGAUUCAAAAUCUGCCCAGGAUAAGGCAUCAGAGGCUGAACAACGCGAAUUAGCAAAAGUCACCAAUUUUAUUCCCACGAAAAAACAAAUGGCUGAAGUGAAAGCUAAACUCGCGGCUGUAACUGAUGAUGACAGUGUUGCAACAGGAUCGAAACGUAAAAUCAAUUUUGAUAGUAUUGAACGACCAACAAAGCAACAAAAAGGAGAUGAUCCAAUUGAUGAAAAUCAAUAUUAUCGUGUAAAUUAUGAAAAAUUUAAUGCUAAAUCGAGAAACAGAGUAAGUGAAAGCAUAUAUUGAUUAGCUGAAUAAUUUUAAUAUUUGGGUGCUACAGCAAAUUGUUGAAUUUGUUAAGGCUCAAAUUAAUCAAUCUGCAAG